UUAACGCCAAAACAAAAAAGAGACAAACUUAACUUUUUCUUUUACAACUUUUACAAGAAAAUUCAAUUGAAUAUAAUGCAACAAGAACAGGUUAAAAACAAAGCAGAAAAAUAUAAGGUUAGACCAAGUGAUAUUCAAGAAUUUUCUGGAGUAUUAGCAAAACAAGCAGAAGGUACUAUAAGAUUUUUUGUCACAAAUACUACUUAUUCUUUAAAUGCUUACAAUAAGACAAGUAAUUCAAAACAACAGAUUAUUCUUUGUCACAAAGAUAAUGUGAUCAAAAAAAUUAAAGCAACAAAAUUAAAAUUGGAAAAUGAAGAGUUACAAAAAAAUUUAUUUGAAUUAAAUGAUUUGAUAAUUGAAAAUCUUGAAAUUGAUUCUGAUGAAUCUACUAUAUAUUUGUUUGCAAAGAAUUUGAUUAAUAUUCUUAAUGAUAGCAAAGAAUAUGCCUUAAAACAAGAAUAUUCCUCAGAAGCUAUUCAGAUUAAUAUUGAAAAUGAAUAUAAUAAUACUUUAAAAGUUGUAGAAAAAGCUAUUGGUGUAGGAAAAUCAAUAUUUGAAGAAAAAUUUAUAAGCUAUUUAAAAGGAAAAGGAUAUAAAGUUUAUUGUCCAGUCAAAGCAUCUUUAUUACUUGAUGAUGAAUUAAAGCUUUUCUGUAAAGAUUCAAAAAAUAAUGCUUUGUUUUUUCAAUAUGCGAUUCUUAAUUUCUACAAAAAACAAGCUGUGGAAAUUAAUAUGAUUGAUUCAUAUAAUUUUGUAAUAUUUUAUCGAACACAUAUUGAUACUGAAGUUUUCACAUUAAUGAAUACUGAAAACAAAGAAGUUAUCGAUUUUUUAGAGAAAAAAAGACAAGAAAUUAAAAUAGAAAACAUUAACAAAGUGCUUUAUUUAAAACCUACAGACAAAAAUAUAAUUAAAAGACAACGAAAAAGAGAUCAAGAAGCAGAAAUCUAUACUGAUGAAUAUUUAAUCAAAUUAUCUGAUUUUUACAAGAAAUUAAUUAAUAAAAUUUAUCCAUCUCAUAAUAAAAUUGAAAAUAAUUCAACAGAAGAUAAAGAAAUUCUUGAAGUUGUUAAUAAGUUUUUAAAGUCUAAACAUGAAAAUCAAAAGGAUGCAAUAGUUUCUCCAUUGAUAGAUAUUUUAUUAAAAGAAAUUGUUAGGAUUGAAAAAUAUAAAUUCUAUAAAAUACUUUCUAAAGAUAAUAUUUAUAGAACUAUUAUUUUGACUAAAUUAAAUGAAUUAAAACAAAUAGCAAUUCGAUUUAAAAAUUAUAAUCAGUUUUCUGGAUUGGAUAGAAAAAGAUUUAUAUUUAAUGUAAAGAUCGAAGAAAUAUUUUUUGAUAUUAAAUUAACACAACAAAAAGAAAAGUUUCAAUCAGUGGAUGUUGAAAAAAAUCAAAAAGAAUUUGAAGAAUAUUGGCAACAAUAUGAUACUUAUUCAGAUGAUAACACUU